AGCCCAAAUUCCUCAAGCAAGCUCCCGUUGGUUUUGGUAGAAGAAAAUGUUCUACAAGAUCGUCCUGCAGCGCACCAUUAAUGUGAAGCCGGCAGACCUUUGCAACACUCUCAACCGUAGCCUUCUCACGUUUCUUCGAGAGGCGGUAGAGGGGAAGCCGCUGCCGCCACCGGACCGCGGUGUUGGUGCGUCGAUGGACUACAAGUCGGCUACGAAGUCCUCUGCUGUGGUGAUCGCCGUGCUGGACAUUUUAAACGCAGAGACGCUGCAGGGCAAGGUGCUGGACGACGGCAGCGUGUCCUUUCGCCUCACCUACGAGGCGAUGGUGUUGAAGCUGCACCGCGGCGAGGUCGUGGACUUGCUGGUCAGUGAUGUCGACGAGACGGGCUUCUGGGCCAGCGUGUACGGCAUCAACAAGCUCUUUGUGAACCGGAAUCAAAUGGGCGACGAUAGUCAGAGCGGCGGGGCAGAGUGGGCAUACGAGCCGGAGGCGGCUGCGUGGGUCACCCGCGACGAUCGCCGCUCUAUCAAGAAGGACACAAUGGUUCGCCUCCGCAUCAUUGCCGAGACGCCGCAGUCGGAGCGCGGCAUGGCUGUCGGCACGAUUGGCGCCCCUUUUCUCGGCCCUCGCUUGGGAAGCUACUAA